AUGAUCCCAGCCAACCAACUCAUCGCCCAAGUCCGCAGUAAUCUCCCUCCCUCUGACCUCCAAGCCUUCUACGCCCAAUGGGCCUCCACCUACAACACUCACAUCGUUGCGCUCCAAAACUACGUUGCCCCAACCCUCAUCGUGCAAAUCGCCUGUCAAUCUCCUCACUAUGCAACCCUCCGCAUUCUCGAUGCCGGAUGUGGCACCGGGCUCGUGGGGGUUGCGCUUGCAGAAAGCGGUGCUACGGAAAUUGAUGGCCUUGAUUUUUCGCCCGCUAUGCUCGCUCAAGCACGUCUAACGGGCUGUUAUCGCAAUCUGUUCGUAGGAGACUUGUUGCAGACCAUUGAGGUGCCGGAUGGAACGUAUGAUUUGGUGACUUGUGCUGGGACAUUUACGUAUGGACAUGUUGGUCCUGAUCCUGCGUUGAGGGAAUUUACUCGGAUACUUGUCCCAAGUGGUCUUAUUAUUGCUACUAUUCUCGAAGAAGUUUGGGAAUCUGGGGGUUAUAAAGCUCAGAUUGAGAAACUGGAAGCAGAAGGAAUUUUGGAGGUUGUUAGUGUGGAGUUAAAUGAUUAUCGAAAGGGAUGUGAUAAAGCGCAUAUGAUUGUCUUGAAAAAAAGGUAG